AUGGGUCUUACUGGCACGGUUUCUCUGCCCUUCUUAGUAGGCGCACUCAUUAUCCUCACAGCACCGUACGCGGUCUUCUUAGCAAUUAAAUCACCUCUACGUAGUAUUCCCGGACCAUGGUAUAGUCAUUUCACCUCCAUCGUGCUCAAAGGGUACAUAUUAGCUGGUAGACGCAUCCAUUAUGUCGACUCCCUACACAGAAAAUACGGCACUGUCGUUCGGCUAUCCCCCGACGAAGUAGCCAUUAGCGACCUCGAGGCUUUUUCCCAGAUUCACAAGAUCGGCUCCGGAUUCAUCAAGUCUGCUUGGUAUGAUAAGCUCAGAUUCGGCCGGGAGCCUGGUAUUUUUUUCAUGCGCAAUCCGCAUCAGCAUGCUGCCCGGAGACGACUCUUUGCCCGUGCCUUUAGCAACAACUCGCUUACGACGCACUGGGAGCCCGACAUCAGACAGAAAGCUGAGCUCGCCGUGGUCAAGAUCAAAGAGGACGCGCAGGCUGGUAGCGCCGAUAUUCUAAAGUGGUGGACUCUCAUGGCGACUGAUGUUAUUGCUCACCUUUCGUUUGGAGAAUCAUUCCGCAUGCUAGAAUCAGGCAAGCAAACACCUUACAUUGACGCAAUUCAAGCUGCCCUCCUCUGCGGAGUAGUACGAAACGAGCUAUCUUGGAUCUAUCCAAUCCUAAGACAGCUUCCUUUCGAACGCAUCAAAAACAUAAUGAAUGCCGACAACGUCGUCUUUGACCAUGGCGCUAUAGCCGUGCGGAAUAUGCGCAGCGCUAGGGAUGGAUUAAGCACAGCGAAUCUAUUUAGUCAGAUGCUUGGCCAGGCCGAUGGCCAAGAAAAGACAGAAAUAACGGAUAUCGCCGUUCGAACUGAGGCAGGGAAUCUGAUAGUCGCCGGCUCUGAUACCACGGCAGUUACUUUGACGUACCUUAUCUGGGCAAUUCUUAAGCAACCUCAGCUUCAGGCCGCGUUGGAGCACGAAGUUGGUGAUCUGAGUCCCGACCUGACUUCGGAAGAACUGAAGAAUGCUCCGCUUCUGAAUAGUGUCAUUGAGGAAACCCUGCGGUUGUAUGGUGCCGCACCAGGCGCGCUUCCACGUAUUGUCCCUGAAAAGGGGCUAUCAGUGUGUGGCUAUUUCAUUCCCUCGGGGGUGAUCGUUAGUACGCAAGCCUACACUCUUCAUCGCGACUCUACCGUCUUUCGAGACGCACAGAAGUUCGAUGGCUACAGAUUUAUAAACAAGUCACAGAUGACAGCGAUUCAAAAGACAGCCAUGUCGCCUUUUGGUGCAGGCUCUCGCAUCUGCAUCGGACUUCAUCUAGCCUGGAUGGAACUACGACUUGGAGCAGCGCUAUUCUUCCGUGAAUGUCGUGGAGCCAAGCUCAACGAUGAGAUGAACGAUGAGAUGAUGGAAAUGGAUAAUAGGUUCUUGAUCGCACCAAAGGGCCACUGCUGCAAAAUCCAGUUGUAA